AUGGCUACAAACCGCUCGAUCUUGAUUCUCCUAUCCACCUAUCUGCCGAUGGCUACAGACGUUUGCCACCGUCCUUUUGCAGCUGUCACCACAUGGCUACAGCCGGUUUCCUGUAACGCUGUGACGUGUGAGAAAAAAACGCCUCCCCGAACAGUCGCGAGACGUCGUUUAGCUCACUACCAAAGUGUCUCGCACACUCGAGAUCAAGAGACUGAAGUCAUGAUGCCAGGACAGAAACCGCCUCGAGCUUCAGCUGUUGGGGUCCAGCGCCAAUGGGCGACCGAGGGAAGUGCCUGUGCUGGAGCCUUGUACGACAAGUCGGACACGUGGCUGCAAGAAGAGCACGGACGCUUUAUGCAAGCGCUGGAGCUCUACGGCUCGAGACAAGAUGGGGACGAGUGGAUGCACAUUACCGACUUUGUCGGCUCCCGCACGCUGGCUGAAGUGCGGCUUCACGGUCGACAGUAUCUCCAGCAACUGGUUCGACAGCUACCGCCUUCGCCGUCUUUGACGCGCCAUUCUUUAGCCACUACUGGCAGGCCACAGGAUUCCAGUCGACUGACGGGUGAAGCACGACGGAGUGUGGACUUGCAUAAAGUGAGAGGCGACUCGAGAAAGCGAGGGAUGUUGCAGCCGGAAGUUUCGGGGGGAAGUGCUCUGAGUGCAGCAGCUCUAGAGUGUGCGCAAGCGCUAACGGGACAGACGUUAGGCCAAGCUCGCAGCCAGCCGCUGCAGCUGUUAGAGCAGUCGAAUCAGCCACGGAUCGCUGGUUUACGCCGAAAUGGACUGAAGACGUCGACAGCGUGGACGUUUAAAGAAGACAAGACGUUCGAGGUAGCACUUGCAGGUUGGGCUGGAAGCGAAGCGUACCCGUGGACGGAAAUUGCAGCGACUGUACCGGGUAAGACGGUCAAGGAGGUGCGUCACCACUUCGAUGAGAUGGCACAUGAAGUUGACUCGAGUGAGACACCUGGCAAUGAAAACUCGGCUGUAAGCGACCGUGUGGUCGUGCACCAACAGGGACGUAGCUCGCUGAGUCAACGCACGGUUCCUCCACCGCCUAUUGAAGUCCCGCCUAGAAGUUCAGGCAAAGAUGCAACCUUAGAGAUCUUCCGAUCAGGAACGGGGUCACGAACCCGAAGAGGCUCUGCAAGCUCGAUCGGUAUGCUCAGUCCAACCUUCAUUGACAUGUUGGCGAACGGCGCAGAAAGCGACGAGAAGGUGUUGCUGCCAGCUUUGCCGUUCUCGACGUUGCCAUCUCCAUUGUUUUCACCGACGCUGCUGCCAUUGGGGUCACCCAAUUUCUUCAGUCCUGGCCACAAGAAGUCGAUGAUACGUAGCCAGCACGACAAGAAGCUUUCGAUUGCAGACCGCUCGAGUGACGUUGACAUGACGACUGCCGAUGUCGAAAUGACUGCAAUGGUGACGACGACACAUGAAGAUCCGCGACACUUUUCCACGCCGCGGAUAUGGAAUGACUUUCUAGCGGAUGUCUUCAAGUUUGACGAGUCUCUUGGGUUCACACCAUUGCAUGGCCGAAGAAGGACUCCACGUUUCAAGACACCACCAAGUUUUGACAAGAGGUUGACGGGAACAGAUGAGCAAGAUGUGGAAAUGACCGAUGCUUCAACAUCAAGCACGUGA